AUGGACGAAGCUAGUGGAGAAACAGAAACUCAAGAUUUCAUGAACGUCGAAUCUUUCUCUCAGCUUCCAUUCUUCCGCCGUCCUCCCUCCAAAGAUAAGAUCCCUAAACCCAUUCGUCUCUUCGGCCAAGAGUUCACUGGCGGAGAUUACUCCGGCACCACCGUUCAAGAAGACUACUUCCAUUCCUCCGAGAUCAAAGACAAGGACGACGAAGAAGAAGUAAAAAACGAAGAAGAAGACCAAGCCGAAGACAACGGUUAUAAAGACAACAGCAUCAUCAACAGCCGGAGAUUCGAGUGUCACUAUUGCUUUAGAAACUUCCCUACCUCACAAGCCCUAGGUGGACACCAAAACGCUCAUAAACGCGAACGCCAGCUCGCCAAACGCGGUGCUUCCUCUUACUUCCAUCAUCCAGAAACUAGCCUCUACGGUUACCGUCAUUACCCGUCGUGGAACAGCGGUCCAUUACAAGCGUCUAGGUUCUAUGGAGGACAAACCUCUGGUCCAUCAUCGCCGUAUCAAACACGACCGAUCAAUAGGAGUCUGUUAGGUUUAUGGAGUGUACCACCUUCUUCUGGCGCUCAUGGCGUUUAUAACUCAAACGCAGCGUUUACUAGGCAAGAAUUUUCUUCUUCUAACUCGGCUUUACCGUUGUUGGCCGGCUCUCAGCCGCAGCCACCAGCUCAGAACCAAAUGUCGUAUCGGUACGGUUUGAGUCCUAACGUGCAAGAUCAUGUGAGUCUCGAUCUUCAUCUUUAA